CUGCAGAAGGCGCUGACGUGAUGGGGGCGGAGGUGGAGCCAGAGUAUGUGUUUGGGGUGCGAGGGGAGGUGGCGGGCUGCGUGGUCCACGUGGACCCCCAGACUGUGGCCUACCCGGCGGGGGCGCUGCUGGUGCUGCACAACACGGUCACACACAGGCAGGAGUUCAUCAGCCUGGCGGAGGAGGCGAGACCAACAGUGCUUGCCAUCUCGCCUAAGAGACAGUACCUAUGCGUAUGCCGGGCUGGGGAGGCGGCGGCAGUCAGUGUGUGGGACGUGGCGGGUCGCAAGCGCCUACGGUUCCUGAGCUGCGGCGAGAUGGGCAGCGAGGGGUACGUAGCGGCCGCCUUCAGUCCCGACGAACAAAUGGUGGCAGCGCAGGGAGGGGCCCCGGACUGGACGCUCGUGCUGUUCCUGUGGGAGAAGGGCAAGGUGUUCUCCGUGCUCCGUCUAAGUGACACUCCCGGCCUGGGUCCCGUGUCCUCCCUGUGCUACCACCCUGAGGACUGCGGCGUGCUGUCCGUGGUAGGCGAGCGGGUUCUUAAGCUCUUCAGACUCAACGACAAGCUGCUCAAGACGUGGGGGUACCAGGGAGGCCUCAACCACAACUGUCAGUGUCAGAUAUGGAAGGACCAACACACGCUACUGGUGGGGACUGAGGCCGCUACUGUGCUGGUGUUGGAGGAGGGAGAACUGAGGACAGAGAUAAGCAUUACACACCCCGAUUUACAGAACGGCGACAAGCGUGGUCCCAGCGGCGGCGUGGCGGAUGGCAGCGGUGGGCGUCCUCUGGGGCCGCGCCACCGCCGCGUGUCAGCCCUGGCGGUGUUCAACGGCGGCUUCCUGUGCGCGUGUGGGCCGGACAAGGUGUUCGUGUUCCAGAAGAGCGACGACAUCAACGAGCACUUCUUCCAGCGCUACGUCCUCCGUCUAUGCGAGCCGAGUCCCGCAGCGCUGGUGACGGGCCGCGGGGAGCACACCAUCACCACGCUGUCCCUGUGUCCCUCCGAGAAGGUCCUGGUGGCGGCGACUCACACGAACCAGCUCUUCAUCAACCCGCUGCCCAGUCUCGAGGCGUCCACCCUCCCCAGCCUGCUCUUCUCCCCGCUGUUGGCACGCCUGCAUGAGGUGCCCCUGGUGGACGCCGACACGUGCCUAUGGAAGCCUCUAGUGGUGACGGCGGACGAGGACAGAACGCUUAGAGUUUGGGAUUACCGCCGUCAUUCUCUUCUUCUGUAUCACGCCUUCAGGCAGGAUGUGUUCUCGCUCUCAGUGCAUCCUACCGGGCUGCACGUGGCGGUGGGGCUCACGGACUCCCUCAAGCUGCACCACCUCCUCUUCGACUCCCUGCGACCCUACAGCGAGGUGCAUGUCCGCCGCUGUACCUGCUGCCGCUACUCCCCCGGCGGGCACAUGUUGGCAGCUGCUGACGGCCACCUCCUCCUUCUGACCUCCACACUCACGCUGAAGAAGAGCCUCACCCUGAAGGGACACGCGACGAAGGUGACGGGCGUGGGCUGGUACCCGGACAGCUCUGCAGUGAUGGCGUGCGGGGCUGACGGGAAUAUCAUUGGCUGGGACGCGUGUCGUGGCCAGACGCUGUGGCAGGUGUCACCCGGAGAGUCGUGUUCCUACCUGACGGCCACCCUCUCGCUGGACGGCCAGGCGACGCUGCUGGCGGGCCACGCGACAGGCUUUGCUGAGAUCACAGGAGGGCAGCUGGUCCAGGAGAUGAGCUGCGAGGGUGCCGGCGAAGUGGUGUGCGCGGGUCUAGGUGCUGUGAAGGCCCUCCUGGUUUUAGGCACCAUCAAGGGCCACCUGCUGCUCAACAAGUUCCCGCUGCACAUGGCCAGACCCGCCUUCACAACGGUGCCAGCCCACGCAGCGCCCAUUGUCAAGGUGCUGAUGACGGCGGACGAGGGGAAGCUGGUGACGUGUGGCGCGGACGGUGUGGUGAUGGUGUGGUGUGUGGCGGCCGUCGAUGAAAAGUCCCCGGGCUACGUGGCUGCGAGGGAGAGACUACAGGACUUGCCAGACGUUCCCGAGAUGAUGGUGGCCCGAGCUGACCUCCAGCAAACUCAGCAGCGCGUGGAUGAGCUGGAGCGGCGCGUGUCCUACCUGGUGCGGGACAAGGAGGUGCAUCUGUGUCUCCAGCAGCAGGAGUUCGAGGUGAACCGCGAAGCUCUCCUGGCGCGCCACCAGGCCACCAUAGACCACCUCAACGUUACCAUUCAGGAGAUGGAGAGAGCGGCAGAGCCUUGAGGAGAGCCACGCGCAGGCCUUGGAGCAGGUGAUUUACGAGCACCAGGGCGAGCUGGCCAACCACCAGCAGGAAUUGAGGAAGAAGCUACUUUACGAAUACUCCAAGCAGGACAAGCUGGAGACGUCCCUGAAGGAGAUGCGACUCACCCUCGACAGGAAGGUGGAGGAGGCGGAGAGGAAGACGCGGGAGGAGCUGCAAGGGAGACUCAAGCAGCAGGAGGCGGUGGUGGAGAGACUUAAUACUGAUCUGGAGAAGA